AGAGAAUUAGUAGUGUUGUGACAAGUUAAUAAUUAUGUGAAAUCUCUUUAAGAAUCUUAAAUAUUUUUUAAGUUAAAUAUGACAACGUUUAUACAGCAACAGAAUGAACUCCGUGCGGACGAAGAUGAAAAUACUACUUCUUCAGUGAAAUGGACUGUGUGGACUAUUUUAUGCAAAACAACUAUAGUGGGAUGGUUUUUUACUUUUGCAUUUGCUCUAAUAGUCCCUGUGUUAACUUAUUAUUUGGUGGUUAACUUAGGUACAUACCCCGAAGUAGAAACAUUUACAUGUUUCGUUAAUACCACUUUCAGAGUCCCCUGUGGAAAAGUGAACAUUAGUGAAGAUGAAUGUGUUACAUUAGCGUGUUGUUAUGACAAUCCUACACAUUCAUGUUACCAUUAUUUACCCUCAAGAUACUCAUAUAAUUUAGAAGGUUCCAGUUAUAGGGCUUCUCGUUCUUUAUCACCAUUUAAUACAAAAACUGUAAAAGAAAUGCAAAUUUCCGUUAACGAAAUAUCAAGCAACAAAGUUAGCAUAAUUUUACACAAACCGAGUAAGAAUAUUGCAGAAAAUAAAGCACAAUUUCGAGAAUAUGUAGUAAAACAAGCUGAAGAAAAGCUAAUGGUCGAGAUUUUCAGACCAAAUGGAGACAGAAUUUUUUCGACCGCAAAAGGACCGUUGAUUGCUUCUGAAAACUACUGGGAGUGGACUGUGCAUCUAACCGAUCAUUCCUUAUUUGGUCUAGGUAAGACGUUGAUUCGAAGACAUCAAAAUUCCACCAUAUCAAAGGUGUUUUACAAGAACAAGAACGAUCAUAGUAAUUUACCAGUUAUUUGGGCCUACUACAGAGGACAAUUUCAUGGAUUAACAAUAAACCAUGACGGACCGCUUGAAGUCUCUAUUCUUACUUCUAAUCUAAUUAUAUUAAAAAGUUUAUUAGGUGAAACUAUCGAGCUUGUGUUAUAUACUGGACCAACACCAACAGAUCUUCAUAAUCAACAUUUAGAAAAUACUGACCAGUUGAAUGUACCGCAGUGGGCAUUAAAAACACAUAUGUGCAGAAAAAAUGCCCAAUUUUUGAAUGUAUCCACAUUAGUUUCAAAUUUUGUCUUAGAGAGUGAGGCAGACAGCUUUUGCAUAGACGAAAACUUAUUAAUGGGAAUUGUGGCAGAAAGUGUUAAUGGCACUAGCUACAAAGACGAAUUGCAAGCCCUGAUAACUUCUUUAAGGGAAAAAGGAAAGAAGUUUUUAUUAUCGGUUCCUCCACAGAUAUUGAAUAACACAGAUUUUUAUAACUCAGCUAGCAGCCUUGAUCUUCUAUAUACGUAUCUUAAUAAAACAAUUUAUCAGGGAAAAUAUUUAGAUCAGGACGUUUUUUAUAUAGACUACAGUCAUGACAAUAUUCAAAAAUAUAUGGAAGUAUUCGGUACAUUUUUAGAAGAUUUCUUCAAUAAAACUAUCGAUGGUUUGGUUUUAACCGAUAAUUGGCCAGCGAAUGAAGAAUUUAAAAUGGACGAUGUUAGUUUUCCAUACUUUACCAAAUCAUUACAAGAUGCCAUGUCAUACACCAUUCAAUGGAACACAACUGCCAAUAAUAUACUUCAUAUUCAAAAGCACAAUUCCUAUGGCGGAUCCCAAUAUAAAUCCUUAAAAAAUUAUUUUCAAUCCAAAGCUAAAGACAUAUUCAUAAUAUCAGCAACAAAAUCUAUCAGUCAAGUCGAACCCAUGAUUAUAGAGAACGUAGACACUUCUUGGGCUAAUCUUAGAAAAUAUCUGGAGGGCGUGUUAUUCGAUAGUAUAAUUGGUAACCAUUUGGUUAGUAUACCUGUCUGCGGGGAUACGAACGUGUUUGAUACUUCAAUUCAAAUGAAACUUUGCUUGAGAUGGUAUUUGAUUGCUGCUACCAUGCCAAUGUUUAGAAUAUCUGCUCCUAAACCUUGGAGAAAUCCAGGGGAUUUAUCCGCCAAAUAUGAUCAACAAACAGCUCAAUCUGCCUUAGAUACAAGAAAUAUGUUACUAGCCUACUAUAACGGGCUCAUUAGUAGUAACGAACCAGUACUUAGACCUAUGUUCUACGAUUUCUAUGAAAACACAACCACUUUUUCUCUGUAUGAGCAGUACAUGGUGGGUAAGAAUAUGUUAGUAGUGCACCCUUUGACUGCAGAUAGAACUAAAAUGAAUGUUUAUCUACCUCCUGUCAUUGACGUUUGGUAUGAAUUUUGGGGUGGAGCUAUUUACAAACCUACCAAAACACAUCCUUGGAUUAGCAUUAGCGUUACGGAAUCAGAUUUUGUGGCUUUUAUUCCAAAAGGAAGCGUUAUUCCUCUAAUAAGAAGGAAUUGGACAGUGUCGAAUCAAUUUUACACAAAUUACCUGAAAAAGAACUCAGACAAGUAUGGAGAAUACUCUAUGGAGACGGAGUAAAGGAUCUAGAAGUAUCGGAGAAAUGCCUAAAGUUAGUAUCGAGGUAUAAAUUGGAGUUGGUGAAAUGUAAAUUUAAUAACACACCCGAACAGUUAAGACCACCACGGCUAGUACGAGUGGCUCUUUUUCAACAAAAGUUACCAGUUCCUUUGACAUUUCCCAUAUAUAAAGUAAAAACCGAAAUGUACACCUUAGCCAUGGAUGCCGUUAAAGUGGCUGCAAAGGGAGGAGCUAAGAUCUUCUGUUUACAGCAAGCUUGGAAUAUGCCAUACGCAUUUUGUAGUGGAGAAAAAAUGCCUUGGAGUGAAUAUGCCGAAAAGGCGGAGGAUGGAUCAACGACAAGAAUUUUACAGUCAUUAGCUUUAGAAAAUAAUAUGGUAAUAAUAUCUACUAUCCUCGAAAGAGAUGAGGUGUUUGAAGAUAGAAUUUGGAACACCGCUGUAGUUAUCGACAACCACGGUAUUGUCUUGGGGAAACAAAGGAGAAAUCAUAUACCAUGCUUAGAAAAUUCCAACGAGCCUACAUAUUACUGCGAGGGAAACUUGGGACAUCCUGUUUUUGAAACCGAAUUUGGCAAAAUUGGUAUUAACAUCUGUUACGAAAGACACUACCCUUUGAGUUGGUUUGGAUUGGCAUUAAAUGGUGCUGAAAUUGUUUUUAAUCCAUGUGGGGCAAUAGGCGAAGAGACAGAACUAUUAUGGAGUGUCGAAGCCAGAAAUGCUGCUAUUGAAAAUGGAGUUUAUGUCUGUACUGUAAACAGAAUUGGAAUGGAGAUAUACGAUCAUGAAUAUGAAGAUGAACAAGGAAAUCUCAUUCAUCAUAAAGAUUCUGGUCUAUUUUUUGGUUCCAGCUAUGUAGCUGCCCCCGAUGGAACAAGAUCUCCGGGACUGUCAAGAACAAAAAAUGGGCUUCUUAUUGCUGAAUUUGAUCUAAACCUUUGUCGUCAAGUAAAAGAUAGCCGAGGUUUAGGAAUUACUCGCAAAUUACCAAAAUAUAGAGAUAUUCUAUUAAAACUAACCAACAACGAAUUCAAGCCACAAGUGAUCAAAAAGCACUGCCAGUGUACUUCUACUUAAUUUUUUAUUAUAUUUUUUAUUGUAAAAAAAUUAAAAAUUAAACUAUUCUGUUUAUU